AUGCUGGGAACGAAUCCAAUGCUGAUCCAAGUGCCGACUCAUCGCCAGCUUCCGCCAGAAGCGCCGUCGCAUCGGGUCGUCAAGCAAAGGUUGCUUAACCAGUGGUUCCUGCGUAUUACGGAGUAUGGUGACCGACUUCUGGACGACCUGAACAAGCUAAACAAGUGGCCGGACGCCGUGAAGCGUAUGCAGGCAGCAUGGAUUGGACGAUCGCAGGGCUCAAGAGUCGAGUUCCAGGUUGCACUUAAUGCAGCGGCAGGUGUCAAACCGACCACUUUGACGGUCUUCACGACGCGCGUUGACACCAUCUUUGGUGUGAGCUUCGUUUCAAUGGCUCCUGACAGCGUCGAGGUGGAGGUUUUGCUCCCACACGUUCCGGCGGCACAGCGGGCUGCCGUCGAUGCUUACGUUGCCAAGGUGCGCGCAAUGAGUAAAGACGACCAAGGCAAGGGCGACACGACGGCAGGAGUCUUCACAGGACUGUAUGCACAUCAUCCGCUUACCGGGCGUCACGUGCCCAUUUACUUGGCCGAGUACGUGUUAGCACAUUACGGUACCGGUGUGGUCAUGGGCGUCCCCGCACACGAUAGUCGAGAUCUAUCCUUUGCGCGUCACCACAAUCUAGAAGUGCGGUCCGUUGUGGGAAGCAGCGACGGAGUUGUGUGGAAUGAAGACGAGGCGUUCACAGAUUAUGGCGUGCUGCAUGACUCUAACGAAUUUUCCGGCAUGACAUCGCAGGAAGCGACGACGGCCAUUAACGAUCGUCUCGAAGAGAAGAGCGUUGGAUGUACCACUACUCAGUUCCGCCUGCGGGAUUGGUUAGUUUCACGCCAGCGUUACUGGGGCACUCCUGUACCAAUCAUCUCAUUGUCCGUCAUGUGGACCGGUCGGAGUUCCCACCAAGCACUUACCAGUUGUACUGCCGCCCGUGGGGAAAGAUGUGGCUGCCGGCCUGCGUGGAAAAGGUAG